AUGCAGUCUCCGCCACAUGCAGUCGCAGCCACAUGCAGUCUCCGCCACAUGCAGUCUCCGCCACACGCAGUCUCCGCCACAUGCAGUCGCGGCCACACGCAGUCGCAGCCACACGCAGUCGCAGCCACACGCAGUCGCAGCCACAAGCAGUCUGAGCCACAUGCAGUCGCAGCCACAUGCAGUCGCAGCCACAUGCAGUCGCAGCCACACGCAGUCGCAGCCACACGCAGUCUCAGCCACAUGCAGUCGCAGCCACAGCCACAUGCAGUCGCAGCCACACGCAGUCGCAGCCACACGCAGUCUCCGCCACAUGCAGUUGCAGCCACAUGCAGUCGCACGCAGUCUCCGCCACAUGCAGUCUCAGCCACAUGCAGUCUCCGCCACAUGCAGUCACACGCAGUCGCAGCCACACGCAGUCGCAGCCACACGCAGUCGCAGCCACACGCAGUCGCAGCCACACGCAGUCGCAGCCACAUGCAGUCGCAGCCAGAUGCAGUCGCAGCCACACGCAGUCGCAGCCACAUGCAGUCACAGUGUGUCGAGGGACCACCCCCGCAGCGCUGCAGCAGAGCGCGCUGCCCGUCUCUCGCCGGAGCGGGUAAUGGGGAGAAAACACCGCCACUAAAAGCCCAUGGCGUCCCAACAACCGCCACUCCAACUACACGCUGCACGGUGGGAGCAAAACACAGCCGCCAGCACCAGUGA